ACAAAACAAGCGCACCCUGCUACGGAGGGCGAGACAAUGCGGAAGUAGCUUUUCUAAACAUUGCAGCUCAGCUGUGGUAGCUUAUGAUACUGCCAUGUGCUGACAUCAGGCAGAAAUAUUAAGCUUUCCCAUUUCUUCUAAUAAGUCUUGACUUCAGAGGCCAGGCCCAGGCUCGCCCCCCACCGGACCCAGCUGCUGAUCAGCCCGAGGCUGGAACACAGCUCCAGAGUUUCCUUCACACAUCCGGUGCCCCAGGACGUUUUGUCUGUCUCACUGGGACAGGGGACGAUGGUGCAGGGGCCGCCAGCUGACAACAGUGGCUCCAGGUUCACUCCUCUGGUGGUGCUGGAGCUGGCUUCCAACACUAACCCAGAAGCUGUCGCAUGGUUACUGAGCCGGAUCAGAGACCAGCAGCAGGAUGGAGGUGCGGAGUUGCUGGUGGAGCAGCUGGGCCCGGGGGUGGACGCUCAGGAGAAGGAGAACCCAAACAUGUUCCUGGUGGGGGCUACGUGGCAGAGGCUGCUCUCCGGGGCUGAGGAUGUGGGCCUCUUCAAGGAGUUCAACGAUGGAUCCAUGAGAGGCUUCACCUGCGCCAACAAACACGACUUCAAGGACUAUCAGGGGGACGGGGACUCCUUCCUCAGUAUGGCUGAGUGUCAGUACAUCAUUAAACACCUGCUGGACACAUUACGGGCCAGGCAGGAGACUCAUAUUCCGGGACACUCUGAGGUCAAGCUCUACCCUGGGAAGUCCAUCAUCCGCAGACUGCAGUCCAAGGGGAUUCUGGUCCAGGUGUUUCCCCUGCAUGAUAAGGAAGAACUUAAGCGUCUGUCUUUUUCCUGGUACAGGAAGGUGAAGUUGUCCCUUCAGCCUCUGGACGACAUUAGACACUACUAUGGGGAAGGCCAGGCCCUGUACUUUGGCUUCCUGGAGUACUUCACCUUUGCCCUGGUGCCCAUGGCUCUCAUUGGGGUGCCUUACUAUCUGUUUGACUGGGAGGACUACGACAAAUAUGUGGUCUUUGCUGCAUUCAACUUGGUGUGGUGCACUGUGAUCCUGGAGCUUUGGAAGCGCUGCAGCGCCUCGCUGGCCUACCGCUGGGGCACGCUGAGCAGGAAGAAGGCCUUUGAAGAACCUCGGCCUGGUUUCCACGGCGUCCUCGGGUUCAACCCUGUGACGGGCCGCGAGGAGCCCCUCUACCCCCACGCCAAGAGGCUGCUGCGGAUCUACCUGGUGUCACUGCCCUUUGUCCUGCUCUGCCUCUACCUGUCCCUCUACGUCAUGAUGAUCUACUUCCAGAUGGAGGGAUGGGCGCUGUCCAUCCACGACCAGGAGCCCAGCUUCUGGACAGGAGUCCUGCUCUUCAUCCCCUCUAUCAUCUACGCCGUGGUCAUCGAGGUCAUGAACCUCAUCUACAGAUACGCUGCCGAGUUCCUGACAGAGUGGGAAAACCACCGGCUGGAGUCUUCAUAUCAGAAUCACCUGGUCCUCAAAGUAUUAGUAUUUAACUUCUUUAACUGUUUCGCCUCGCUGUUCUACAUCGCCUUCGUCAUGCAGGACAUGGUGCUGCUCCGACAGAGUCUGGCCACGCUGCUGAUCACCAGUCAGAUCCUGAACCAGCUCAUGGAGGCCUUCCUGCCCUACUGGCUGCAGAGGAGACGCAACAAGAAGAUGAUGCGCAAAGUCCAGCAGAGAAGAACUCUGGAGGACAAAGAGCUCCCAUUGGCUGAGCAGGUCCGGCUGGAAGCCGACAUGAGCACGUACCUGGGUACGUUUGAUGACUACCUGGAGCUAUUCCUGCUCUUUGGCUACGUCAGCCUGUUCUCCUGCGUCUACCCUCUGGCUGCGGUGCUGGUGGUGCUGAACAACAUCACCGAGGUUUACUCGGACGCGUUCAAGAUGUGUCGGGUGUUCAAGCGUCCCUUCUCUGACCCGGCAGCCAACAUCGGAGUCUGGCAGCUUGCCUUUGAGGCCAUGAGCGUGAUUGCUGUUGUGACCAACUGUUCGCUGAUAGGCAUGUCUCCACAAGUCAAGGCUUACUUCCCCGACUCUGAGUCCCAGCUCAUCCUGUGGACAGUGGCUAUUGAGGCCGCACUGCUGGCCUUUAAGUUCUCCUAAGCUUCCUGACCCAGACGUUCCCAAACCCCAUCAAGAUCGUCUGCCCCCUUGGAGUUUGAAUCUCUGGGAGGCCCUCAAGAAAA